AUGGACCUUUGCAAUCUGAUCAGCUUUGACUGGGUAUGCCUUUUGGAGUGCCCCGUUGCGAGCAGCGAAUUCGUGCCCGCAACUACCGCUUUUCUGGGCAGUGUUGAGUUGGCUGGCGUUGGUAAGUCGAGUGCCACUCAGGUAGUCAUGUGGCGGUACGACAACCAGACGAACCAUGUCUGGAGAAAGAUUCGCGACCUGGACGGUUUUCGAGCAUCGCCGGAGGAUUCCAGUGCAAAGCGAGGGGUAAUGAUUGUGUCAUGUAGCGCAAACAUAGGGCCGGUCUUGCUCCAGGAUGGCAUGCAGUGCCAGCCGCAGACGCCUCGGCUCAAAUUCAUCAUCUUGUGGGCAUUAGUUUUGGCGCAUGUUUUGCAAAACUUUAUACUGUCCAGUCCAAUUUACACCUGGUCCAUUUUCCGUGCACGUGUUGUGCAAUGGCUGAUGGUUCCGAUUUCCGCCAUCGCCUCGGCAUUGGCCAGUUGUUUUGUGACUAGCGCAGCUGUGUUGUCGACUGCGGACUGGCAGCCGCACUUGUGGAAUGAUGGCGGUGAGUUGAUGGUCACGAGUAAGAAAAGAUUUGUAGAUAUGUUCAACGCCUUACCUUUGGCAUGCGGCUCUUGCGGGGCCUCGGUAGCGGGUCUGCGAAGUGGUUUAACUUACCUUGGCAACCGCCUGAUGGAUCCGCGCGCACAUCCGCCUCGCGAGGGCAUGACGCGCAUCUGGAAGGCGCUGGCGAAGAGCCGCCCCAUGUUGCUGUGGGUCGGUGAUUGGGCCCUGCCCCCGAAAGGGAUCGUGCUGCCAACCUCGACACCGGCAACGACCAACCGGCAGCGCGUGGGGGGAGGAACGAUGGUGGCCAAAGGGGACGGGGACGCUCGCGUGUGGCAGGUGUCGGCGCAGUACCGGCCCCGUCAGACGCCGCACCCCGCGGAGACUCAGGUCCGGCAGGCCUGGGAGCUUGUCGAGGAGGCGAACGUGGUUAGGCAGCUGUUCGCGCAGGGCCUCCCUUUUGUACUGGUCGCUUUUCAGCGGCGUGCCGAGGAUGGGCGGGCAGCAGCCUUUUGGGCUUCUUGGGCGGAUACGCUGCCCACGCUCCGUGCGCGACACCCGCGCGUGGUGGCCGAGGUGCUCAACCAGGCGAUGGCCGGGCAGCGCCCAGCGUGGUCGAGCUCUCGCAGGCGGCGGCGACAGUCGCUGCGAGGCUGGCAGCGCUCUGCAGCGGCUUCCCUGGGUGCGGCCGCUCGCGUGCAGUUGGCUCUCCGCCAUGGCGAGACCGCAGCGCGGCGAAGCCCUCUGCGCGCGUGUCCCUGCUCGGGCGGAAUGGCAGACCCACCCGCGGCGCCGCUGACCGCGCUGGGCGCGCCGGUGGUGGAGUGCAUUGUCUGUUGCCGUGCAGCGCGCCAUGUGCAGCGCCGCCUGUGCUUGGCGACUGUGAACCGCAGCUCGACAACUCGCGUGGGUGGCAGCGCGCUGCUUUGCCAGCGAGCCCUGUUGCGGGAACUGGAUGCCUCUUCCGCAGCCCUGCUUGAUUCCCACGUACGUGCCGGUGCCGCCAGCCGCAUGAUGUUUUGCGACACGCCGGGGAGCCGCACUGGUCUCGCUGGAUGGCCGCAGCGCGUACGACAGCAUGACGUGCGAGGGAGCAGCGCAAAUUUCGGAGCCUUCAAAGUGCAGAGACGGGCCGAACGUGAAACAAGGAGGAACGAGGUGACGACGCUGGCAUUGACAACUUUCGGAUGUGGAGCAGCAUCGCUGCUGAACGCCGCAGUUGCCAAUGACCGACAGAUUUCGUUCAAGGAAUGUAUGCGUCGAUCGAAGGGCGGCGAUGACAGCUUACGCGAUGUGUUGAAACGGGCGUCUCCAUCCUGUCGGAAGGGGCUGAGAAGCUUCUACUGCCACAGGGUGGCUGGUGUGCCUGCGAUCAGAAGCAGCGUCCCACUGGAGAACUUUUGCGAAGAUCGCGCCGAUGACCCUGCUCAUCCAAGCGGGCGGCGAGUUUUCCAAAGCAGCCCGGCACUGCUUGCGAGGAUUGCCUUCUUUGUGUUGGCAUAUGGCUACCCGCUCAACGUUGGGCGAUUGCUGCAGCGCUUGGCGCCUGCUUCCCGACACGUCCUGGUGCACGUCGACGAAAAGCGUCCCGACUACUUGCAAUUGCUCGAGGAGUCGGUCGGUCGCCUGGGGCUCGAGGACAAAGUCUCCUUGAGGUCCAGGUACCGUGUGAACCGGGGUGGCGUCAGCACUCUUGCAGUUUGGCUCUGGGGUAUGUCCUGGCUCCUUCAAAAUGUGGAGGGGUGGGACUACUACAUCAACCUCAAUGACUCAGACUAUCCCGUUGCGGACCUAGCCUCCCUGCGGCGUUUUCUUUGGUUGAACAACGGCAGCAACUUUGUGAACAUCGGCUCAGCCUACAAGGACUGUGACUGCGGGCGGUAUCUGGUCUACGAGUGCAAGGAUGAGCUGUACUCCAUCGCUCCAGAGACCCGGUAUCCCCGGCGCCCCGAGUUGAACCACGCCUCGGGGCCGAACCUGGUGGCCAUCACAUGGGACUUUGCGCACUACAUAGACACAAAUCGGGACGUGGCGCUCACGCCCGUGCAGCAAGUACUGGAGGAUCUGAGCAUCCUCCAGCAACCUGACGAGAAGUUUUUCCAGACGAUGUCGCUGAACAGCCCUUUCUGCCACCGGCAUGUCCGCUGGGGCUUUCACAUCUGGGAUCGGCCUCGGUUGGCCCCAGAUGCCUCGUCACCCGAGGUAGCGGGGCCUGAGCUGAAGAUGCUGUCGCCACCCGUCCUCAACGAGAGCUUCUGGCCUCUGCUGGCCGAGGUGAAAAGCAAAGGCAUGGCUGUCUUUUUCGCACGGAAAUUUGACAACAACCUGACGCUAGCUCUUCAGGAUCGUAUCGAUGCCGCCAUUGAUGGCCGCAGCGCUGAUGUCGCCUGGGGCAGUGCAGGUCCCUGGCUGCCGGUGAAGGCGGCCAGGCGUCUGGCGUGGCUCAAGGCGCUCUUUCAAGCAACUACUUCGGCCCUUGCGCCAGAGAAGGUUGCGGCAUGGAAGGAGGCGCCGCGCGACGGCGUCUACUUUGGUAUGCAGCGCUACAGGGCCUCAUGUGCCCUCCCGUGCGCUGUGCUGUCCAAGGAGCUGCUUCCGGCCCGGCGAUGUCGGGUGCGGGGGCGGGCAGUGCUGGAAGAGCUCGCGUUUCGUCCAGCAGAGGCCCUGAACGCAUCGGCCACCUCGAGGUCGCCUUUGCUCGCUGCAUUGCGGGUGGGUAGCGGCUGGAACCCGGAGCACUUUUCCUUCGACAUGGUCUCUGUUGUUCCCGUGGAAGCAUUGGGUCAGGUCGAUGUGGUCCUUUACUGGUCCCACGCAGCUGUGCGGGGUGGCGAGGAUGGCACGGAGGGCUCGCAGCAACUGGAGGUGCUGUGGAGGAGCCCGAGCGGUCGAUCUGCUUCGUCGGUCUCCCCCUUCAGGCCCCAGCUGCUUUCGUGGUCCCGGCUCCCGCAGGACCUGGCCGACUCGCCAGCGGCCGGCAAGUGGCGUGUGGAAGCCUGGCUCGGCGGAGCUGCCAUCGGGUCGCGCAGCUUCUUCGCAUGUGAAGGCUUGUGCGAAGGAAGUGGGCUGCGCAAACGAACCCUCAUCCCAUGGCCCUCGCUUCCACUACGAGGGUAG